GCGCAUGACGAGGUCUAUAAAUUUCACUUGAAGAGUGGAGAGAAUACAGAGAGAUGCGAGAGAGAGAGAGGAGAAAUGGUUGGACCUCUGAGACCCCAGUUCGUGCUGUUUGGCUCCUCCAUAGUUCAGCAAAGUUUCAGAAACGAAGGAUGGGGUGCUAUUCUUGCUGACUUAUAUGCUCGUAAGGCAGAUAUAUUGUUGCGAGGAUACUCCGGUUGGAAUUCAAGGCAUGCUCUACAGGUUUUGGAUCAAGUUUUUCCAAAGGAUGCUGCCAUACAACCUUCUUUGGUGAUUGUCUAUUUUGGCGAUAAUGAUUCAAUGCUCCCUCAUCCAUCUGGCCUAGGUCCUCAUGUACCUCUUCCUGAGUAUAUCGAAAAUAUGAGGAAGAUUGCUCUCCAUCUAAAGAGCCUCUCUGAGAAGACUCGCAUUAUCUUUCUUAGUGCUCCUCCUGUCAGUGAGGAACAAAUUUGUGAAACAUUUAGUCUCAAAUUGGUAGAGCUGCAUCGGACAAAUGAGUCCUGCAGAAUAUAUUCAGAAGCUUGUUUAGAGCUGUGCAGGGAGAUGGACAUCAAGGCCAUUGAUCUAUGGACCGUCAUUCAAAAAAGAGAUGAUUGGUUGACUGCAAGCUUUACGGAUGGAAUUCACUUAUCCUCUGAGGGGAGUAAGACAGUAGUGAAGGAAAUAAUGAAGGUCCUUAGUGAGGCAGACUGGGAACCAAGUCUACACUGGAAGUCACUGCCUGCUGAAUUUGCAGAGGAUCCACCCUAUGUUCCAGUUAGUCCUGAUGGCAAGGCAAAACUAUGAAUAUCUCUGACACCAGCUUCUAUGGAAAUAAGCAAUGGGAAUUGGAAACGAAUAAAACAAACCAUUUUCAGGCCACAUCCGUGAGUAUUAUUAAUAGUGUGACAUGUGGAAGUAUACAAGAAGUUUUUUGGUUACAGCUUGAUGAUGGCUUGCAUUUUCACUGUACUUUCUCAGUGUUGUUUAGUCAUCUUAUAUUUUAGCAGUAAACUUUGCCAAGACAGAAAAUGUCUCUUUAAUGUACAACUAGUAAGAACAGUUCAGUAUCGUGGCAGUUUUAUAGAUUGGGUUGGAAAAAAUUCCUGA